GGAUGUGUUAAAGCAGAGAAAUAGUGUUUAUAGUUCAGGGAAAUGGGUGUGCUUUUUGAAAAAUGGCAUUAUGGUUUUGAAAUUUUAGUUCAAAAGACUGGUUAUAGUGUUUUAGCAAUCGAGAAAAACGGUAAUAGAUAUUUAAGUCUCUUAAAAAAACACACAUGAUUUUCAGGCAUUUGUCGUCUGCAAAGCUUUUUCGUUUAACAAUAAUCACCUAAUAUAUUUACAUUACAUAGUAUGGUUUAAAACAAUGCAAUAUAAGUAGAAUACAUUCAAAUACCUGUAUUUAUAAGUAUUUAUAGUGUGCAUUGAAACUGUGGGUAGGAACUAUUUACGCGUCGCUGCAGAGCGGUCAGUCGGAUAUAUUUCUCUGCAGCAUUCGCUGCUGAUGUGAUUAUUGCUGGCGCUUGUCAAUUUUGAGAUUAUGAAAGUGGAACAAAAAUGGAUUUGUGUCUCACUGUUUAUCUGACAUAACACCACUACAGAUCAGUAGGUCGCAAUGGAUCGAGCUUUAAACUCUGACCCUGUCAAUACAGCCGACACUGAAGGUCGUCAACGCUGGAGGAACUGGAUUGGUUUUUGGUUAUUGGGGCUUUGCAAUAACUUUGCAUAUGUGGUGAUGCUGAGUGCAGCACAUGACAUCUUACAAAAACAGGAAUCUCAAAACUCAACGACACCUACUCCAGCUCCAAGUGGGACUAACAUAGAGAUCAGGAACAACAACAACAACAACAGCAGCCGCUAUGACUGCAAUCCUGUGUCCACUGCAGCUGUUCUGUUGGCUGACAUCUUACCCACCCUGAUAAUCAAGUUCACAGCACCUUUCUAUAUACACAAAGUGCCUUAUGGAUUCCGUGUUUUGGUGUGUUUCGUUACGGCAGUAAUCAGCUUCCUGAUGGUGUCGUUCUCUACAACAAUAUUUAUGAGCAUAUUUGGUGUCGUCUUUGCCAGUAUUAGUUCAGGAUUGGGGGAGCUUUCCUUUCUCGCCCUCUCUGUGUUUUUUCGCAGGGAUGUGUUAAGUGGCUGGGGGUCCGGCACGGGAGCAGCUGGAGUAGCUGGAGCUUUACUCUACUCUGCAUUUACACAGGCUGGUCUGACCCCGCAGGUUACGUUAUGGAUCAUGCUGGUUGUGCCUGUUAUUUUGGCUGUUAGCUAUUUCUUUCUCCUGGUGUUCCCAUCGUCGUUUCCACAGUGGAGGCGCCACGAGGAUGGUCACAGUCCUUCCACAGUGGUGAACUCCCAAGAGAGACGUCCUUUAAUUGAGGAAGAGACCGAUACAGAUGAGAACUCGGAGACAACUCAGGAAGAACGAGAUAACUGUACUGGCCAUGCUUUCUUUCUUCUGACAGACGCCAGGAACAUCAGACUGACCUUCACUGACCAAAUAUACAUCAUUAAGGGCCUGCUGAAGUUUAUUAUCCCUCUUGGUGUGGUUUACUUUGCUGAGUAUUUUAUUAACCAGGGACUGUUGGAGCUCCUCUACUUUCCUGCCUCCCAUCUCUCACAUGCAGAACAGUAUCGCUGGUAUCAGACACUUUACCAGAUUGGUGUGUUUGCUUCCCGCACUUCUCUCGUCUGUUUUAAAAUCAGGAAAAUUUUCCUUAUGUCUCUCUUACAGUGUUUGAAUGCUGUUGUGUUGGGUUUCGCUGUAUACUACCAGUUCUUGCCAAACCCAUGGGUGGUUUUUAUUAUUGUCCUCUAUGAGGGUCUGUUGGGAGGAGCAGCCUAUGUAAACACCUUCUUUUUCAUCCGCGAGGAGACCGCUAAGCACGAAAGAGAGUUUGCCAUGGCUGCAGCAAGUGUAGGAGACAGUCUGGGAAUCGCUCUUUCUGCAGCUGCCGCCUUCCCCGUUCACCAUUAUUUCUGCUCUUUGUGAGCAAACGAGAUCAUGUUUGUGCAAGAUUUUAAAUGGUGACCUUAAUUUAUGGUUUUAAAAUGUCUAAUACAUUUCAUUCAGAAUAAUAUGUGUUCUGAUUUAAAUGAAUAAUGGUUUGAUUGAUCUCACUGACAUUUGACCUGCUAACACCCUACUCUAAAAAUGUUUACUGACCAAUAACAAGAACAAAUUUUGGAUAGAUCAUGCUUAAUUUGACAUUUUUAGCCUCUUUGUAACUCAAAAUCCUGGAAUGUUUAAUGCGUCCUGAAAUGAUUCUCUUUUAGUAUUAAAAUAUCUUUAAUGUU